GAACGGAGCAUGUGGUUUUACUCCGCUGAGGCGCAGCACUUUAAAUCUGACUCGUUUAAAUCUGGAGAUUUACAAUUUAUAACGACGUGUGUUGUAGUCCACACCGAUUUAUUUUGGCCCUUUGGCUUCUUUUUCGCCUAGAUUUUGACAAAAUAAGCGAUGUCUGCCGUCCUGCUUUCCUCCAUUGCGAUGGCCAGACUGAGCGCAAGGGAAAUCGCGUCCGAACGGAACACCGGAGAGAUUUCUCCUGAGACUGUCCCGUUACAAAAUCCCACGAAAACCUGCCGAAGUCUGUUUGGACCCGUGGAUCACGAAGAACUACGGCGAGAGCUGACAUCCAAACUUAAAGAAAUUGCUGAACAUGAUCGGCAAAGAUGGAACUUCGACUUCGGUGAAGGGCGGCCGCUGGACGGUGAACUGGAGUGGGAGGAGAGUCCAGCCGAGGACUGUCCGAUCUUUUAUCGGGAAAAAAUCACGACCACCGUGCCAGCGAGACCGAAAAGAGAAAGACUGGCACCUUAUUGUGGGGAUCGUUUUACAUCUGUAAACGUUUUGAACGAGACAGACAGACGUAACCCAAAGAAAUCUCGCAAAACAGCCGCUCACGCCCAGACGAAAAGACUCACGGACCUACGGAUCACAGAUUUUUACGGAAAGCGAAGAAAAACGGGCAGCAUGAAGCCAAAGGGAAUCAGGAAUGUGGAGUAAAGAGAAAAAAGCCCCCCGGCCUCUGCGUCACCCACUGGUGGCGGGAAAAGUCCGGAAGAAAUGACGUCACAGUGUCUGGACCUCCUUGGAAUUUACUGACUCAUGUUAUUACGUCAUGUGAUACUGGAAUCGCAUUGUUACGCUAUUUGUUCCGUUUUUGCUCUUGGUUCAUAGAGGAGCAGCAUGGGUGUAAACCGAGUUAACACCCAGAGUUUAAAUUAAAGCCAGGACAUAUUUAUUUACGUUGAAUAUAUCUCAGUAUGUAUAUAUAUAUCUUUUGUAAAAGUUUAAGUUAUUUAUUUAUUUUUCACCCGUUACAAGACAUACCUCAGCCGUUUUGGUGUCAAAUAUGUAGUUUUUUUUUCUCAUACUCACUUGAAAACUACCAAAAAAUCAUGAUCCUGAGCCAGGUUGGUCACCGUUGUAAAAAUGUUGAUUUAAUAAAUAUGUAUAUAUAAACGUA